AUGGCUUCUAAAAGUCGAUAUGCGUUCCCGCUUCACCCUCGAGAUUAUGCCUCCACGCCCACGCCGAAUCUAGAGGAAUGGCAGCAAUUAUGGCAAGCAUGGGACUUAGUGACGACAGAGAUGAUUCCAAGGCACUCGCUGAUGGAGCAGCCCAUCCCUUUACGAAACCCUUUAUUGUUUUAUCUAGGGCACAUUCCGACUUUUGAGGAUAUCCACAUUAGCCGAGCACUCCGGGGUAAGCAUACAGAACCAUCCGUCUAUGUGGAAUACUUUGAACGCGGGAUCGAUCCCGAUGUCGACGAUCCGGAGGUGUGUCACCAGCAUAGUCAACUUCCUAAGAGUUGGCCGACGGUUGAUGAAAUAUUGGAUUUCCGACGGCGUGUUUGUCGACGAAUUGCGACCUUGUAUGACGAUGAGAAUGUGUGGGCUGACCGUACGCUGGGAAGAGCACUCUGGAUCGGAUUUGAGCAUGAAGCGCUACACUUGGAGACAUUUCUUUACAUGACGCUACUCAGCCCCAAUAUAAAACCGCCUCCGGUUCCAAUGCCAGACUUUCAUGCUCUAGCUGAGAAGUCGAAGGGUGAGAGGAAACCCAAUCAAUGGUUCCGCAUACCCAAGACCAAAGUCACGCAUGGAUGGUCCAAUUCCGAAACUGACGAAGAUCCAAGUCGUUUCUUCGUUUGGGACAAUGAACGGCCACCCUAUCAAGUUGAUGUAGGGGCAUUCGAAGCACAGGCUCGGCCAAUAAGUAAUGGCGAGUAUGCAAGAUAUCUUGUUGAGACUGGUAAGACCGUUCCCGUCACAUGGACAAGCCAUGCUACUCCAGGAUUGCCCGACCUUCGCAAUGGUGCCGUCCAACAUGACACUGCCCAGAACGGCAUCAGUGCGGCCGGUGAUCGUUAUAUUAGCGCCAACCAGAUUACCUGUGUGCAGCCAGCCGCCUGUCAGCCCGCAACCGCUCAAGCUAAUAGUAUCAAACCCUCCCUAGAAUCGUUCCUCGACAACACAUGUGUCAGAACGGUCUUUGGGCAGAUACCCCUACGCUCAGCCGAAGAUUGGCCGCUGGUGGCCUCUUUCAACGAAUGCAAAGCCUACGCCGACUGGGCUGGCGGCCGCAUACCCUCAUACGAUGAGAUUCGCAGUAUCUACCACCAAGUGGAGCUGCAGAAGCCGUUUUUGCGGAAGCGAUCCAACGGCGCAGAUCACAUGGAGCCGCUACAUCCUGAUCCAGAAGAGAUGUUUGUCGAUCUUUCAGGCUGCAAUGUGGGUUUGCAGAACUUCCAUCCCGUAUCCGUGACACAGAAUGGCGAUAGACUGGCUGGACUGGGUGACAUGGGUGGAGCUUGGGAAUGGACAAGUACUCUUCUGUUGCCCUUUGAGGGAUUCAAAGCUAUGGAUAUAUAUCCCGGAUAUACAGGUACGGGCAGUCCUUCUUUUCUGGUUACCAUAGCCGUGUUUGGGAGUAUCUGA